ACACACACACACACACACACACACACAUUCCCUCACCGCACUCUAUUUCCUCCCCUUUUCAUUCCUUUCCAUUGAGAAGCUUCUGGUACUUGCCCCCCACUAUCAUCUUGCCAUGGUUUAAUGAGAUUGAGUGUGCUGUUUUAUACUUACUUUUCAUUUCUUUCUGGCUAGUUGUUGUGCUUUCACAUCUUGUAAGGUAUGACCAAUGGUCUUUGGGUUCUUUGCUGCAUAUCUCAUUAGCCCAUUGAUUGCACUUUGGAUAAUAGCCAGUCACUAGCUCGGAUCCCCCGGAUUGUGGGUGUUGAUUGGUUUACAGAGGCCACUGUGUUCACUGAUUGGUUUAGGUUUGCAGGACACACACACAUUGGCUGUGCUUUCUAAGCUCUGCGAGGCAAAUGGAUACCACUUCUGCUGGCCAAAACCAUGGUCUUGCUGUCUAAGCAAUCACACCAGGGGUGGGAAAAGAAAAAAAAAAAAAGUUGCGCCCUUUCUCGUGCUCUCAGUUUCUGUUCUGUUCUUUCUUUCUUACCGGAAAGCUGUGGAAAUGUCAAGCUAUUAUAUUCUUUUAUAUCUCUAGCUUUGAACUCAGACCACUUUGUGUUAAUCUUUUCAUCUUACUGUAGGUCUUUCCUAAAUGGAUUCAGCUGCUUCUGUGGUUUUAAGGAUUUAAACCCAGGGGAGAGGAGUUCUGAACUUCAGACUCCUAUUCAAGUUUGCUGGAACUCUUUCCGGCAGUUGUACUUCUACUCUAUAGCAUAGUGAUCAAGUAGUAGCUUCAUCGAAGCUUAGCUUUUAGAACGAACCGGCUUGGUGCUCCUGGACAACACUCCAGACCUGUCUCAAUGAUUUCUCCAAUGGAAAUUAUUCUCAACCUGAUAACACCAGACUCCUCUCCAUCUACCUCUCCAACAAAUACAAUCGAGAGGCUGGAGGGCAGUCUGGCUCAGGCAGCACUCUGCAAUGUGGACGGCUCACAGGCGGGGUCAGAAGAUUCAACGCUCGACCCCCAGCGCACUCGGCAGGCCAUAGCACAGCUCCAGCAGAAGAUCCUGAGGCUGACGGAGCAGCUGCGCAUCGAGCAGGCAGCACGUGAUGAAAAUGUAGCCGAGUACCUCAAGCUCGCCAACAACACCAACGACAAGCAGCAGAGUUGCCGGAUUAAACAGGUCUUCGAGAAGAAAAACCAGAAGUCGGCGGCGACUAUCGCACAGCUGCAGCGCAAGCUGGAGCACUACCGGCGCCGGCUCCGCGAGGCUGAGCAUGGUGGCGACGCGGCACGCCAACACAAAGGUGUUCUGCGUGAUGUCCAGCAGGGUCUACGCGACGUGGGUGCGCGGGUUAUCACAGGCCUUAAUGAUGGCGUGGUGAACAGCGUGCGGGGCGGCCUGUCCAGCUUCUCGCACGCCACACACACGGCGGCCGGUGCCGUGGCCUCAAAGCCGCGUGAGAUUGCCUUGCUUCUGCGCAGCCGUUUCGGCAGCGCCGACAACAUUAGCGUGCUGAAGGAUGGAGAAGAUCCUAAUGGUGCCAACACCAGCGGGCACUUGCAGGGCAGCCCACGGUUUGGCAGCGAGGAGGACUGCUCGAGCGCAACGUCAGGAUCAGCUGGUGCCAAUAGCAUCACAGGGGGAGUCGGCGGGCCUCCGAGCUCUAAGGGGAACACACUGGAGCGGGGAAGUUGCAUGGGCAUGGAGAUGCUGAUACAGGAGGUGCAGGAGCUCAGGGAGGUUCAGGCUCGUCUGGAUGAAACUCUGGAGGAGCUGAAGGUCCAUUACCAGCGGGACUACACACUGUCUUUGCAGACACUGCAGGAGGAGCGGUUCAGGUGUGAGCGGCUGGAAGAGCAACUGAAUGACCUGACAGAGCUCCACCAGAAUGAAAUUCUGAACCUGAAACAGGAGCUGGCCAGCAUGGAAGAGAAAAUGGCUUAUCAGUCGUAUGAGAGAGCUCGGGACAUACAGGAGGCGCUGGAGGCCUGUCAGACACGCGUCUCAAAUAUGGAGCUGCAGCAGCAGCAGCAGCAGGUGGUGCAGCUCGAGGGCCUGGAGAACGCCACGGCACGCGCCCUGCUCGGCAAGCUUAUCAACGUCCUGCUCACCCUCAUGGCCGUCCUCCUAGUGUUUGUGUCCACUGUCGCUAAUUGCGUGGCGCCCAUGAUGAAAACGCGCAGCCGCUCCUUCUCCACACUCCUCCUCUUCCUGCUCUUCACCUUGCUCUGGAGGAACUGGGACGCACUCUCAGGACACACACUUCGCUUUCUGCACGUGCCGAGAUGAUGACGCUGACAACCGCAACGCAGUGGUGCUUUGAACAUCAGGAAGCUAUGGCCAACUGUGAACCAUCAAGAGACGGGGAAAUAAUCUGUGAAAAAUAAACUUCCUUUUUUUUUUUAAAAGGAAGAGGUGUAUACGUUUACAUUUUGGAAGUAUGAAUUAAAAGUCAGCCUUUUCUUGUUGCACCUCUUUUAUUAGGAUGUUGUAAUAAAUAAAUAAUACAUGCUAUUCCAUCGAUUUAUAACAAAUUUUUGUUUUGUAUAAUAAUCAGUUGUAUGUAGCAUCAAAGUCCUAUUUCUGAAACAGGUGAUGGGAAAUUAUUUGGAUGUUGCACUCGAACUUUCCUCCCCUAUCACUGCCUUUUGGUAGAUUUUUAGUAAAUCUUAUGGUCUGCCUUUAAGGGGGAGGGGGGUAUGCACUUUGAGCUAUCAUUAGCAGUGUUAGCCUACUCUGCCAUCACUUUGUUCACCGCACUGGAUUUAACAUUGAAGGGGGAACCUGAAUGGACUGAUGGACAUACUUGAAGAGAGUGGUACUCUAGGGACCUUCUGUGCUUCCAUAUUGUUUCUAUUAGCAAUGUAUUACCACUUUCAGGAACUUUAUAGUACAUGAAUGAUAAAAACAAUGAAUUUAUGUUAAAUGAAUGAGUGAGUUGUUGAAUGAGGCACUACUGUUGUGAUCGGAGCCUGUUUACCGUAUGAUAUCAGAGAAAGUGCAAAAGGUCUUCAAUGAAUUUGACUCAAAUUUAAUUUUAUUUCUACAAAUGUUACACAUUAUAUCGACUAGGCUAUCAGCAGUCCAAAUGUUUUUAUUAGCAUAUUGCAUUGGUGAAAAUUCAAGCCUGUACACCUUUACUAAAAACAGGAGAAGCUUACUACAUCCAGUAUUGGAUCACAUCAGUUUUUGAUCGGUGUUUGACCUUCAUUCUUUUUAAGCUAAUUUGUUUGUCUGAGUCAUUAAUAAAUAAAUAAAAAUACCCAUAAUAUUAGAUUUGCCAAGUUUGCCAUUUUAUUGAAAAUGCUAUUUAAGCAUUUCAAGGUGAGGACAGGGCAUAGGACAGGACAUGGGACAAACAAACAAGCAUCAACAGAAUUAAUAUGGGGAACAUUCUAUAAUAAAACAGCUAUAUUUGACUUGACUAUAUUUAAAUAUUUAAAGGCACAGCUGUUUAAAAUGAAUGCUUUAGUGAAUCCCUGUGGGAUGUUCGAGUGGAGGUGUUCUUGUUUUUUUUAUUCCAGCAAAGAAAUCCUUUUUCCAUGUGAGUGUAGCCAAGCUAUUAACAUUGUUUCUGUACUUAAAUUUCUUUCAUGGUAUUGAAUCUAAAUGUAACAUGUGAGGUGUCCAAUUAAGCCAUGGAUAAUUGGUUUAGCUACUUGAAUAAUAAAUCAGAUUAAUUAGUAAAUAAAUCUUUGAAUCCUUCUUUGGUGACCCAGGUGGACAGGCUCUAGGUGUCCACACCGCAAGACUGUUUAACCUUGACCCUGAAAAUGUGUGAAACAGCCGGAGGUGUGUGUGUGUGUGUGUGUGUGUGCGUGGGUAGGUGGGUGUGCAUGCUAAGCAACUUCAGUGCCUUCUGAUGUCUGUAUGCCUGUAAUAAAAAGCAUUCCUGCCUAGACAAAGACGUGUGUGCAUCAGUGUGUGAUAAUUCCGAACUGAUUCCUGCUGUGAUGCCAUAUGUCACUCAAAGCAAUUUUCUUGGCUCAUUUAUCCGAGAGAGAUUUGAGCAACUAACAUUUACAGGAUAUUGUUUGUAACAGGGUUCUGGACAGUACGGAAUUCAUGAGGCAAUUAUUUUCAGACGUGGAAUAGUAUAAAAGUCUGCCAAGUUGUCAAUGUAAGACUCAAAAUGCUAAGUCUAAAUCCAUUCUCUUUAGACACUCCCUUAUACUUAUACUCUAACACUCUUUAUCUUAUCUGUUUCUAAUGCACAUGACAUUUAAACAUUUAGACACAGUUCUAUUAAAAGCAAAGUAAGAAAGAAAAGUGCAAGGCAGUGUGGAGAAAAUUCAAUCCCAGGGUGAAAAGCAAUCACGCUUCGGAGAAAACGAUACACAAACAGUAUUACUUGUCAUUAAUGACUCAUUUAAAACCAAUUCAGUAAGCAUGAAGCAGGCUACAAUAAUGAUCAAACAUUCAUUCAUUUAUCUGCCUACCUUCAUUAACCGCUCUCUCUUGGUCAAUUUUUAUAUUUUUUUAUUUUUUUUAUCCAAUAGUCUCUCUUUUCAGUCUAUCCAACAGAUGGCGCUCUUUAACUAUUCCAUUUUCUUAAUGGUCCUGAGGUGGCUCUCCACUCAUUGUGCCUGUUUUACCCAAAUUGGUUCUUUUAAAUCACAUUAAUAUGACUAAAUAAUUUAUUUGAUAUUCUUUAUUUUCAGUAAGAGUUUAUUCCACUAGAAUGUUUUGACUGGACAGGAAACAGUUGCUCCAAUCUCUUCUUAGGUCUUUUUAAUAUUACCUUUCCCAGAUAACUUCUGGGAAACAUAUUUACAUGUAUUUAUGGGAAGCAUCCAUCCAUUCAUCCAUUUUCCAUACCCUUUAUCCUACACGGGGUCACGGUGGAGCCUGGAGCCUAUCCCAGGGAAUUCGGGGCAGAAGGUGGAGGACACCCUGGAUGGGGUGCCAACCCAUCACAGGGCACAAUCACACACACAUUCACACACCCAUUCACACACUACGGACAAUUUGGGAAUUCCAAUCAGCCUACAAUGCAUGUCUUUGAACUGGCCCGAGGAAACUGGAGUACCUG